GAAAAACAAACUGACCCCUUCUUUUUGUAUUUUAUAUCAGUCCUGUCCCCCCUUGUUAUAAAGCCGAAAGUCGCAGGGCUCGGGGCCACCGAUGCCGGAAAUGGCGAGACGCGGCGGAGGCGGAGGCGGAGGCGGAGGCGGAGGAGACGCGAGGAAUUGGGACGAAGAGGGCUACAGGAAGAGCAUUCUUCGAGAGCGAGAGCUCCACUAUCGGACCGUUUUCCGGACUGCCUUCGCCCCCUCGCUAAACCCUAAUCCGGAAACCCUAAUCGUUGCCUCCAGCGACGGAUCUCUGGCGUCCUACUCCAUCUCCGCCUGCAUCUCCUCGGUCACUCAGCUUAUGCAUUUUAACAGGAAAAUUGAUGAGAAGCCUGUACCUGAUUUUUUGUUGGUGGAACCACUUUCGGUGAUUCAAGGACACAAGGGUCCUGCAUAUGAUUUGAAGUUUUAUCAUGUUGGAGAAGAAUAUUUGCUAUUAAGUUGUGGUGAUGAUGGGCGGAUACGGGGAUGGAAAUGGACUGAAGAACUGAAUUCUGAUCUUUCCAUGGGUAUGCAAGGAAACGAUUUGAAGCCACUACUUGAUUUGGUGAACCCUCAACAUGAAGGUCCUUGGGGUGCUCUUUCUCCGAUCCCCGAAAACAAUGCUAUCGCAGUUAAUGAACAGGAAGGAUCCAUUUACUCAGCUGCUGGUGAUGCUUGUGCAUAUUGUUGGGAUGUGGAGACUAGGAAAAGGAAAAUGGUCUUCAGGGGGCAUUCAGAUUACUUGCAUUGUAUCACUGCUCGUAAGUCAAGCAAUCAGAUCAUAACAGGUUCGGAGGAUGGAACAACACGAAUAUGGGAUUGUAGAAGUGGAUCAUGUACUCGAAUUAUAUAUCCAGAAAAGAACCGUAAGUUAAAGGAGCAUUCAUGGGUCAGUAGUGUUGCCAUUGAUUCGAGCGAAAGUUGGCUGGCUUGUGGCACUGGUAGUGGAUUAUCAGUUUGGAGUCUGUUAUCUUGUGAAUGCAUCUUUAGCAGUGAUAGUUGUGCCCCUGUGCAAGACUUAUUGUUUCAGGAUAACCAGGUUCUCACGGUUGGUUCUGAACCUGUACUUACACGUUUCGGAAUUUAUGGAGUGGUUCUUUCACAAAUAAAAUGUGCCCCGCAGUCAGCAUUUUCUGUCUCCCUUCAUCCUUCUGGAGUUGUCGCAGUUGGUGGCUAUGGAGGUCUGGUGGAUGUCAUAUCAGAAUUUGGGAGCCAUCUUUGCACGUUUUGCUGCCAAGGCAUGGAUUAAGUACGCAUGAACUGUUUGCCAAACAAUCCAGCUAUUAAGAAUCAGCUUAUGGCGCCUUUGCAUUGGCAUCCGUUGCCAUUCCCCAGCUGUGUAAAAGAUCUGUUUUGUAUUGUUUCUGCGAUGUAUUAUCUUGUCUUAUGCAAUGCAAUUAUCACACAGGAAACUUAAAUUAUCAAGUGUUCGUGGACAUCAUAUCCCUGGCCGAUCCAAUCAAUUACAAUUUCAGCUCU